AUGCAGCCUUGGCCCCACUCUUCUAGUUCGAUUCAGAGUGGGGAAGAAUGUGCCAUAUCUUCCAUGCCUCCUCCGAGUAGGGUCCCUAGGGCACCACCAACUCCUUUCUCUCCCUGCUCAAGGGAAGACGCCGCUGUAGCUGCCAGCUCCCCGUCACUAGAUUCCAGCAGCAGUCAGUGCCCCAGAGCCCCGCUAUGGGGCGAACUGAGGCCCCAUCAGAUCGGCGGAGGGGUUCCUGAUGGCUUUCCUAGACGGACAGGCCAGCCUCUCGGCUGUGCAGUCCUCAGGGCGUCCGACCUGGUUCACGCAGGCAGCGAUUUCCCACCUGCGGCUGGGCUUGACAUAUUUCGGACCCCCUCUGGCUCUAGGGCUGAUUUGAGAGGUUCCUUUGGCAUGGCGGCAGCAGCCACUGGUGGCUUCGGGGAUGCACGCUCCCGAUUUGGCGGCUUUGGAGGGCAUGGCAGCGCAUUAGGCCCUGCUGGAUUGCCAGCGCUGCCAGAAUCCUUUGGCGCCGCUGGAGGCCCCCCCUUGGGCCCUAAUGUUGGCUCUCAUCGUCCGGAGGCGUUUCGCUUCUUCCAACGGGCAUUGAGGCCCCUCGACGAGGACAGCGAGUGUCUAGAUGGCUGGGGUUCGGGGGGCUGGGGCGGCGACUGUCCAGGCGUAAAGAGGACCAGUGGCGACGCUGCGUUGAGCAAAUUCUCUGCCUCCCUUCUGGGGUACUUUCCGGAUGAAUUCUUGAAGCAUUUCGUCAAGAAUCCAACGCGCAUGCAGCCUUUGAUCAACAGAGGCUAUUACUCAAGGGUCGAGGCAAUCCGUCGGCUCAUUGCUGCAUUUCUUAAGGACGCCGAAGAACUCGCCGCAAGGAGGCCCCCAAGAGACUCCUUUGUAAAGACGGUCUCCCCCAGGAGCUUCUCGACUGGAGAGGUCUCUGAGGAGGACCUUUGCAGAAGUCACGAAAGGAGCUCCAAGGAAGGGGGGGGGCUGGCCGAGGGGAGAACGCAGGGGCAAAUUGCUCAGGUUGUGAAUUUUGGAGCAGGCGCUGACACAACAGCCUUUUUCUUGGCGCGAGACGGUCGGGCGAUUGCAUUUGAUCUCGACUUCCCGGACGUGUGCAGAGAGAAGGAAGCUGUAAUCCAGAGAGUUCCGGAGCUCCGCGAGUGCCUCGGACCUAGCUGCGCGUCACGUGAGGCUCCUGAUGAUCCUUGUGUUCUUCGAACAACAAACUACCGUCUGGUGGCGGCAGACCUGCGAAAUCUGCAAAAUCUGAAAUCAGCGGUGGCAAAAGCGGGAUUCAGGCAAGACCUGCCCACGCUCUUUCUCUGCGAGUGCGUUUUGAUUUAUCUUCGAGUGGAAGAGGCAGACGCAGUACUCAAGUGGGCCGCCGAGGCGUCGCUUGCUCCGUGUGCCCUUGUGCUAUAUGAACAAUUCAAUCCGGAGGAUCCUUUUGGAAGAGUAAUGAUCCGCAACCUACAGACGAGGGAUUGCCCGUUACUGACAAUUCGGGCAUACCCAACACUUGACUCUCAAAAAAAAAGGUUUGUCGCUCAAGGCUGGCCGGAAAGUAGCGUGGCAGACAUGCGACAUGUUUAUGAGAAGUUUCUGCCGAAGGAAGAGAGAGAGCGUGUGCAGGCCCUGGAGAUAUUCGACGAAUUGGAGGAGUGGUGGCUUAUUCAAUCCCACUACUUCCUCGCCGUGCUCCUCCGCCCGGCUCCAUCGCAAGCGGGAGGUGCCACUCUGCCGAGUUUGUCGUCCGUGUUCGAACAGCAUAAUUUAUGCUCAGCGCAGUAA